GAACGAUAUGUUUUUGUCAAUCCAGCAUUGGUCUCAAAAGCUGGAAUGGGAGAGGGAAGCAAGGAAAACAGGUCAAGGGUUAUUGCAGAUCGACUAAAGAAUACAAAGCAUGCUGAAUUUAUGCUUAUUCCAUACAACCCAGAUUUCCAUUGGGUGUUAGUGGCAUUGGAGAUGAAGAAAAUGAUUGCAUAUUACCUUGAUCCAAUGGUCUGUCAACCAUGUGAUGAUCUUAAGGACAUAGUUAACAUGGCAAUGAGAAUCAACCCACCGGAAAAACAGAAAACAUCAAAGAGGGAGCCAACUUGGGUGAAAGUGGUUGUAAGUACUUAUUUGUUUAGAUUAAAAUAUAUUGCUUCACCACUUAAUUUAUGACAAAAUUAGAAAAUGGAUGGUUAUUAAUAUGAUCAUCAAUAAGAUGCUAAAGAAGUAAGAACAUCAUUCUAGUGUUUAUUGCAAUUGUUGAUACUUUUCCCAUAGUGCCCAAGACAACUAGGUAGUGUGGAAUGUGGGUAUUACGUGAUGAGAUAUAUGAAGGAAAUCAUUGCUAAUCCAAACCAACUAACAUCAAAGGUUUGCACUCAAUUCAAUUCAUAUGGUUGGUCAUUUUACUAUAGCAUUUUUUUUUUUUUUGGUCAAUUGAACUUAGUGAAUUGUAUAUA